AGAAUGACACACCAAUUGCUCUAAAGCAUAUGGGAAUGGAUCUCUCUAGUGUGUUUGGCAUAUCUACUCGUAUUCCCUCUCUUCAUUUUUCUCCUAGCGCUAGGUUCAAAAUCCAUUCCUCUGUGAUAGGCAAUUCCUCGAACAGAUUUCCGGUUUCUCUUACUCGAUUAACUACUGGGAAUAUUGCCAUUGAAGGUAGCAAUCUGAGCUUUUCAUUCGCUACAAGGCAAGGGAAAUUGGUUCCAAUUCUUAAGGACUGCUCCCUACGGGUUCCCUCUGGACAACUUUGGAUGCUUCUCGGUCCCAAUGGUUGUGGAAAGUCUACCCUUCUGAAGAUUUUGGCUGGACUUUUACAGCCAACCAGUGGAGCAUUGUAUGUGAAAAGGCCUAAAAGCUUUGUUUUCCAAAAUCCAGACCAUCAGGUAGUGAUGCCUACAGUAGAGGCUGAUGUGUCAUUUGGCCUUGGUAAGUUCAACCUGACUGAGGGUGAAGUUAGGCAAAGAGUGUCAAAAGCUCUGGAUGAUGUGGGCAUGUCUCCCUACAAGCAAAGGCCGGUUCAAACCCUGAGUGGUGGACAAAAACAAAGGGUUGCCAUUGCUGGUGCUCUAGCUGAAGCAUGCAAGGUACUUUUGUUGGAUGAGCUCACUACAUUCUUGGACCAAAAUGAUCAGAUUGGCGUGAUUAAAGCAGUCAAGAACGCCUUAGCUGCAUCUAAUGAAAUUACAGCUUUAUGGGUGACCCAUCGAUUAGAAGAAUUGGAAUAUGCAGAUGGUGCUUUUUACAUGGAAAAUGGAAGAGUCGUGAAGGACGGUGAUGGAUCCAGCAUAAUGGAUUUCAUCAACGCCAGGCAAUCCUCUUACAUCAACCGAAUUAAUUCUUGAACAUAUGUUCUUCUCAUAAUUCACCUUGUAUCCUAUUGAUAAUAUUUCAUUUUUUCUGGAGGAUAAUGCAGAUAAUGACUGUUAGAGAUAUUGAAAUUUAUUUUUGAAUAACAGCAUUAGUUAGGUAUACAGUAGA